AUGGACCCGCUAUCGAUUGUUGUCUCGUCAGCGAGCCUCGCCGAAUUCUGCGGCAAGGUCUCUAUCCUGAUUUAUGAUUUCAUAGACGGGUCCGCAAAUGUCGACUAUAACCUUGCCGGCAUGAAGCGCGAGGUGGAGGGCCUUGGCCGCGUCCUCGACGCCAUCGGCCAUAGCAAAGUUGGCUCUUCAGAUAUUGAAGCUGCCUCACGAGACUCUGGCAGAGAGCUGGUGAGCAGUCUGCACGAGUCACUCUGGGACUGUCGAGGGAGCCUUGAGAAGCUCGCCGAAGCCCUUGCAAGCUUCAACAAACCGCGCAGUCUCCUGUGGUCGAGUCGGCCAGGCCGACAGAUCCGCCUGUCGCUCAAGGCCAAAGAUAUAGCUCAGUACCGACAGCAGAUCAAAUCUCAUACACAGGAUAUGCAACUCAGUCUGGGUGUAAUAUCCAUAGCGAAUUCGGAUGAAAUCCUUCAGAGCCUUCACAACUUGGAAGCGCAGAUUGGCGGGACAAGCAGGGCCCGUCCUGGGACUCACCGCAAGCAACUCGUGGACGCUGCCGAGUCGAUCUGUUCCAAUGCCAGCGUCAUCGUGGGCAGGUCAACGACGUCAUCCCACUACAACCCGAGUAUUCACGGCGAGCGCCUGAGCGAGACCAAAAAAGAAGGCAUUCUGGGUUGGAUACCACCGCCCAUUUCUGAGGAUACCGAAAGCUUUGACAGGUCUCGGACAGCCGUUGACGACAGCGACGAGACCGAUAUCGACAAUGAAGGCACCGAGGACACGGCGGCGAGACUCAUGCUGGCGAUUAGCCAGGCAUCCAUAGGUAAAUGGCAAGAGGUGGACCAGUCAGUCUUGCUGCCGGAGGCCUGUCCGUCAUACGAUCCCGUGGCAGUUCACCACUACUUUCACCUCCUCCACGCUGCAGCUCUUCAUCACCUGGCCCAGGAAGAGGCCACAACGGCCUUUGAGCUUUGCCGCCGUGCAGUCAAAGGAAAGAAGACCUUCUUUGGCAAGUCGACCGACUCCUACAACUAUUCGCUCGCCCUGCUGUCCGCCAUCAGCAUCUCUCUAGGGGAUAGGGUAAGUGCGGAGGUCUACCGAGAGAUGCUUCCCACGGGCAAGGUCUACGAGCUCUUCUUCGAAGCCCCUGGAAUGGCUAUCCCAAAAUACAUUGACUGGGCCCUCGGUUCCGGCCCCUUGCCAGAAGGGGAGUUCUUCGCCAGGGUUAAGGAUUUCGUGCACAAGAAAGUGUGCGCUAUUGAGGGACUCAAGGGCCAUGUUCCCUACGAAAGCUAUCUUGCUUGGCCAUUUGAGCUACGGGAAAUGGGUCAGGGGGUUCAGGACGCCUAUACGCGGCUUUUGAAAGACAUCCCUCACACGGUCACUAUUUCUCUAUAUGGGGCGGUACUUGCCUAUAACAACUACUCUCGGUGCCUUGGCUUGAGGAAGGGGUCUUACAUUUUGUCAUUGUCGUUUGAAGCCGGCGGUGCUACCGCGACGGUCUUUCGAGUAGUAGGGACUAGGCCAUUCUUGGUCGAACAGAUUGAUCACACCAGGGUUUUAGUCUACGGGGAACUGAUUCUUCGAGACGCAAAGAAGCGAGAUCGACUAUCUGCUGAAGGCUCUGCUGGCUCGGAGCCAGAACAUUACGACAUUAAAUUCCCCCUUCACUCGCCAGACCUUAUCGACAAUAGUACCCAGAUAGAGUGUGAUAUCAGCGGAGUCAAGUCGACCCAACCUGCCAACGAACUUGGGCAGAUUUUCCAGUUUCUGAACAACAUCGUUAGGCCCCUGCCAGGAACAACAGAGGCAUCGAAUGUGAUACAUUUCGGUUGGUCCAACAGCCUCCAUUAUCCGAUUCAGAAACAUGUACACCGCUACAUCCACGAAAUGCAGGCCGCAGGUCUCAACGCCAGACUCGUGAGCCACCUGCCGAGGGCGUCGGAGAAGUUCUACAAUGUCCCCGGCGUAGCCUCACACGCGUUUGCAGCUGUCUACUCUAACAUCCCGCCGCCUCCGGAGCCGACUGCGCCUGAUGAGUUGACGGCGCGUUGGGAUGUCUGCAGCGACUGCUGGCAUGGGAAAAUCGAGGCUCCCACAGCCACGCAGACGCAUUAG